UUAAAAAUGGGACCACCGGACCCUUUUCGGCUUCGUUUCUAAAAUUGGGACUUUCUUCCUCAUUCGUGCUGUUCCACCGAGUUAUUUGAAGCGCCCAUCUCCUCUUCCUUCCCCCGUCAAUUGUUCCUGAUCCCCCGCUCGAUCUGAAUUUCCGUUGUUAUAGCUUCCUCUCUCUCUCUCUCUCUCUCUCUCAGCGGCACGGUUCCAUGUCCCGAUAGCGAGGAUUCCGCUUUCUAUCGCGUUGUAUGAUGCCGGUGUGCCUCGAAAGAUUCUGGCCUCGCGUGGAAGGGUAGAACCGAUUGACAUUUGGUAGACCAGAGCGCGUUAGUUGAGUUUUGCGUGGAGUCUAGUGAGGAAUGGUGGCGAGACCUGUAGGUUUGAGGAUUUAGGGUUUGUGCUGCGCAAGCGUUGAGUGGAGAAUCUGAAUUUUGGCGUCUGUCUGCUGGUUUGCGCUGACAGUUGUUACAUGAGAGAUAUAGGUGAAAUCUGAGUUGGGAUGGAGGUGAAGUUAUCAAAGGACGGUGCUUCUUUGGACCCUGAUUUACUACAGCUGGCGGAGAUUUCUCCCUUGGCUUUGAAGGAAAACCCUCAUGUUGCGGAGCAGCUGUAUGCCCAGUGGCUUUCUAUCCCGGAGACUGUUCGUCUGGUUAGAUCUUUAAUUGAAGAUGCGAAGGAUGGACUGCCAUUGAAUUCUCCUAGCUGUACCGGUGGUGCAAAUUCUGCUACUAGCAAUGCAUUGCCUUCUUUGUUCCCUGCUGGCAGUGCACCUCCUCUUUCACCAAGAAGCAGCUCGGGAUCUCCUCGUUUCAUGAAACGUGGUUCAGGUGCAGGGCCAUCAUCUCUAGGAUCUCCAUUAAAAGUAGUUAGAGAGCCAGCUAAGGAAGUCAUCCCUCAGUUCUACUUUCAGAAUGGACAGCCACCCCCAAAUGAACUAAAAGAGCGGUGCUUAGAAAGAAUUGCUCAGAUUUUCUCUGGCAAGUUGGAUGGAUUGCAAAUUCAAGAAUUUAAAAUUGUUACUAAAGAAAUUUGCAAGCUGCCGUCCUUCUUUUCUAGUGUUCUUUUCAGAAAGAUUGAUGCUGACUGUGCUGGAACUGUAAAUAGGGAUGCAUUUGUUAGUUAUUGGGUGAAUAACAAUAUGAUGACUAUGGAUACACCAACUCAAAUAUUUAAUAUUUUGAAGCAUCCGGACCGCAACUACCUUAUUCAGGAGGACUUCAAACCGGUACUUAGGGAUCUUUUGGCAACUCAUCCUGGACUGGAAUUUUUGCAGGGUACUCCUGAGUUUCAGGAAAGAUACGCUGAAACAGUCAUCUAUCGAAUAUUCUACUAUGUGAAUAGAUCGGGAAAUGGUCAUCUAACCCUCAGAGAGCUUAAGCGAGGAGAUCUAAUUGCUGCAAUGCAACAUGCUGAUCACGAGGAGGACAUCAACAUGGUUUUGAGGUACUUCUCAUAUGAGCACUUUUAUGUCAUAUACUGCAAGUUUUGGGAGCUGGAUACAGAUCAUGAUUUCUUGAUUGAUAGAGAGAACCUUAUAAAAUAUGGUAAUCAUGCAUUGACCUAUAGGAUCGUUGAAAGAAUUUUGGCAGAGGUUCCUAGAAGCUUUAGCAGCAAGGUUGAAGGGAAAAUGGGUUAUGAAGAUUUUGUUUAUUUCAUACUGGCUGAGGAGGAUAAAUCAUCUGAGCCUAGCCUUGAGUAUUGGUUCAAGUGCAUAGAUUUGGAUGGAAAUGGAAUUAUAACAGGUCCUGAGAUGCAAUUCUUUUAUGAGGAACAAUUCCAUCGGAUGGAGUGCAUGGCGCAGGAUCCAAUACUCUUUGAAGACAUGCUAUGCCAGAUAUUUGAUAUGGUUACUCCCGAGAAUGGAACUUUUUUUUCUCUACGAGAUAUAAAAGCAUGCAAGCUUUCAGCAAAUGUUUUCAACAUUCUUUUCAAUCUCAACAAGUUCAUGGCAUUUGAAACCCGUGACCCUUUUGUAAUACGUCAAGAGCGGGAGAAUCCAACGCUAACUGAAUGGGAUCGUUUUGCACGUAGAGAAUAUAUUCGGUUAUCCAUGGAAGAUGGUGAUAAUGCUUCUAAUGGAAGUGGGGAUAUUUGGGAGGAAACAUUGGAGGCACCUUUUUAAGGUACACAUAUAUUGUUUCUUGAGGGCCUAAUCUGUAAAGACUCUUCUUUUAGAGGUGACCUGCUGCUCAUCCUUUUUGUGUUAGAAUCUGGGUAACUUGGAUUUGUUUAUCUUCUGUAGGUCUAACCUGAUUUUCAUUGCUUUCCCUUUUUUCAGGAGAUUUUUAGGUCAGAAUUACUCCCUUUUUUUUUUUUUU